CGCUUGUGCAUUGUUUACCACGGUUUUUACGACGAGCUCUGUGAGUCAUCGCCUGUGAUUUUAUUUUCCUUUUCCGUGGUAAUUUCCUGUGCAAAAUUCUCAACGAUGGAGUGGCUGUUUGGCAAGAAGAUGACGCCGGAGGAGAUGCUGCGUAAGAAUCAGCGUGCCUUAAAUAAAGCGAUGCGCGAUUUGGACAGGGAAAAGAUGAAGAUGGAGCAGCAGGAGAAGAAGGUGAUUGCGGACAUAAAGAAGCUGGCCAAGGAGGGUCAGAUGGAUGCUGUGAAGAUUAUGGCGAAGGAUCUCGUCCGAACACGACGCUACGUGAAGAAAUUCAUGCUGAUGAAGGCAAACAUUCAGGCGGUUUCACUGAAGAUUCAAACACUCAAAUCCCAGAACACCAUGGCUCAGGCGAUGAAGGGUGUGACGAGGGCUAUGCAGAAUAUGAAUAAGCAACUCAAUCUGCCGCAGAUUCAGAAGAUUCUCUAUGACUUUGAGCGACAAUCCGAGAUGAUGGACAUGAAGGAGGAGAUGAUAAAUGACGCAAUUGACGAUGCAAUGGAGGAUGAAGGGGAUGAGGAGGAAUCUGAUGCUGUUGUUUCCCAAGUUCUCGAUGAACUUGGUCUCCAGCUCAACGAUCAACUGUCCGGAUUACCUCAGGCUUCCGGAUCACUCUCUGUGAGCGGAAUCAAACAACCUCAGGCAGCUGCAGUUGGUGCUGCUGGUGGAACUGGUGGUGGUGGAGCUGCAGGUGGUGGUACCUCUUCGCCAGUAUCUGAUGCUGAUGCUGACUUACAAGCUCGUCUUGAUAAUCUGAGACGAGAGUAGAGAAAACUGCCCACGGAGUCGUCCAUCUCACAGCUGCUGCAACUUUAUGAUCCCUCAGGGAGGGAAGUUUAUUUUUGUAUCAAUGUUAUUUUCCAUAAAUAUUGUUAUUCCCCCCAUUUCCGUCGCGUCACCUAUGUACAUUAUGUUCCAAAUUAAGAUAUUCAAUGAGAAUAAAUUUAAUUUUCUUUCCAAAA